GUGACGCGGACCGCGUGACCCCCACAGCGCUGGGUGGGCGGUGUAGUGGGGUCUCCGGUAGUGACUCUGGAGCUUGCUGAGCGGCGGUGCUCUGGUGAUGAACCGGACGAGCCCCGACUCGGAGCGGCCUCCGGCGUCCGAGCCCGUGUGGGAGCGGCCCUGGUCGGUGGAGGAGAUCCGCCGCAGCAGCCAGAACUGGUCGCUGGCGGCCGACGCCGGCCUACUACAGUUUCUACAGGAAUUCUCACAGCAGACUAUCUCCAGGACCCAUGAAAUUAAGAAACAGGUGGAUGGAUUAAUUCAGGAGACCAAAGCGACACAUUGUCGUCUGCAUAAUGUCUUCAAUGACUUCCUCAUGCUGUCUAAUACCCAGUUCAUUGAGAAUCGGGUGUACGAUGAAGAAGUGGAGGAGCAGGUACUCAAGGCUGAGGCAGAGAAAACAGAACAGGAGAAGACUCGGGAGCAGAAAGAAGUAGACCUGAUCCCUAAAGUCCGGGAGGCUGUGAACUAUGGCUUACAGGUGCUGGACAGUGCCUUUGAGCAACUUGACAUAAAGGCGGGGAACUCGGACUCUGAAGAAGAUGAUGCCAAUGAGCGGGUGGAACUGAUCCUUGAACCAAAGGACCUCUACAUUGACCGCCCUUUGCCCUAUCUCAUUGGGUCAAAGCUCUUCAUGGAACAGGAAGAUGUAGGGCUUGGAGAACUCUCCAGUGAAGAAGGCUCUGUAGGCAGCAACCGGGGAAGUAUUGUGGACAGUGAAGAAGAGAAAGAAGAGGAGGAAUCGGAUGAAGAUUUUGCCAGUCGAAGUGACAACGAUCAAAACCAGCAUACCACACAGAUGAGUGAUGAAGAAGAGGAUGAUGAUGGUGACCUUUUUGUUGACUCUGAGAAGGAGGGGGAUGACAUUGAGGACAUUGAGGAAAAUGCCAAGUCUAAAAGACCUACAUCUUUUGCUGAUGAGCUGGCAGCUCGGAUCAAAGGAGAUAUCUCAAAUCAGUUGAAAGAGGAGCAGAUAGAUGGAAAACUUCAGAAGACAAUGAAGGAGAAGAAGGAAAGGAGAACACCUCCAGAUGAGGUUGAUAAUCUCUUUGGGAGUGCCCCAGCUAAGAAGCAGGUUUCCUCUCUACAACCUCACAGUCAAGAGAAACCAAAACCUUCAGAGCAGCCCCAAAAGAAAGCAUCUGCCUUGUUAUUCAGCAGUGAUGAGGAGGACCAGUGGAAUAUUACUGAUUCACAUACCAAGUUAGCACCUGACAGUACGUCCAAAGGAUGGGACUCAAGGACCAGCCAAGGCCAAGAAGCAAAGGCUGUGAAAAAGACCAACCUAUUUGAGGAGGACGAUGAUGAAGUUGAUCUGUUUGCUAUUGCGAAGGACAGCCAAAAGAAGACUCCGAGAACAUCACUCCUCUUUGAAGAUGAUGCUGAUAGUGGAAGCUCUCUGUUUGGCUUUCCUCCUGCAUCUGUUCCUCCUGCAACAAUGAAAAAAGAGAGCAUCUCUGAGGUGCCAUCAUUGUUCAGUGACGAGGAGGAGAAUGAGGUACCAUCUGGUGUGAAAUCUAUGGAUGUGAAGGUUGAUAAUGCCAAAGUGUCCCCAGAGGUGGGGAAUGCUGAUAUAGCUAAUGUGGUAAAGAAGGAAGGAUUUUUUACUGCAUCUGACCAGGAAGCAGUCGGGCCUUCUGAUUUAUUUUCUUCUUCAUCUCCAUUGGACAGAGGAACCAAGGGUAGAACCAAAACUGUCCUUAGUUUAUUUGAUGAGGAAGAGAAAGUGGAAGAUCAGAGCAACACCUGUGUGCCGCAGAAGGAAAUGGAAAAGGGUCUCAGAACUGAUGGCCGCCCCAAGAGCACAGGCGUCUUCCAGGAUGAAGAGCUGCUUUUCAGCCACAAGCUACAGGAGGACAAUGACCCAGAUGUUGAUCUUUUCUCUGGCACCAAAAAAACCAGGUUGUCAGUGCCCUGUGGUGGGAGCCUGUUUGGUGAUGAUGAAGAUGAUGAUCUUUUCAGCUCUGCCAAGACUCAGCCUGUGGUACCUGAAAAAAAGGGAUUACUGAAAAAAGACCACCCUGUUUCUUUAAAGAGCGAGAAAACUCCUGAGUCUACUCAAGGUAGCAAAGAGAAAAGCUUAUGGAAAGCAGAAACACCACAGGAUUCUUCAGGUCCCACUCCAUUUAAAAGCAGAGAGCCAUCCAGUCGGAUCAGGAAAAUACAAGCAAAUUUAGCCAUUAACCCAGCAGCCUUGCUGCCCCCAGUGGCCCUGCAGACCCCAGGAACAAAGCCUCUUUCAUCUGAAUUAGCUUUCCCUUCAUCUGAACCUGGAAGGAGCCAUGUCCUGGAACGUGUGCCCACUCUUCCUGGGAGUGAGGAGACUGGUGUCAGUUUCGAUCUUCCAGCCCAGGCAGAUACCUUACACAGUGCAAACAAGAGUCGCGUUAAAGUGAGAGGAAAGCGUAGACCACAGACCCGCGCUGCGAGGCGGCUGGCUGCCCAAGAGUCCAGUGAAAGCGAGGACCUGAGUGUCUCCAGAGGACCUGUUGCACAGUUGGCCAAUAGUUCUGUCUUACCAAAUGGCCAUCAACCUCAUCUGCAGCCCAACAUGGCCAGUGGAGAGAUGAGCUCUGAGGAAGCCGUGGCCCCAGCUGCUCCGCCUUGGGAAAGUGGUCCUGCAUUGUCUGUAGUCGACAAAAGCUUUUCUGUAACUUCUCUGCCUCAGACUGGAAAUGAGGCUGACCUGUCUGAUGCAGGGGACAUCUUUCCACAGAGCAUAGGAUCACAGUCCAUGGAGGGAACAAAAGUCAAGGCAGCAGAGACCCCAGCCCACUUGUCAGGAGGAAGUAAAGAGAAGAGCCUUGUGUUUCCUAUUCUCAGUGAGGCCAGCAGUGCCGAUGAUCUCUUCCAGACUGUCAAACCAAGACCAGCAAAGAAAAGAAGCCCUUUCCCCCUCCUUGAAGAUGAGGAUGACCUCUUUGCAGAUCAGAAAGGCAAAAAGAAGGAGUUGAAACCUGACAGCCAUCAGGACAGCGUAUCAAAAACACAAGACAUUUUUGAGGAUGAUAUAUUUGCUACGGAAGCAGUUAAACCUUUUCAAAAAAAGAGAGAGAAGGAGAGAACUUUGGAACCCAACUUAUUUGAUGAUAAUAUUGAUAUCUUUGCUGACUUAACUGUAAAACCCAGAGAAAAGUCCAAAAAGAAAGUGGAAGCGAAGUCUAUGUUUGAUGAUGAUACAGAUGAUAUUUUCUCCUCUGGUCUCCAGGCUAAGAUGUCCAAACCCAAAAGCCAGUCUGCAGAGGUCACAUCUGAACUAAGAUCUGGUGACAAAGUGUCCACCAUUUUUGAUGACCCCCUGAAUGCCUUUGGAAGCCAAUAGAGCAUUUGGGGUUGUCACAGCUCACCCUCCCAUUCUGCUUUCAGUUAAUGAUGCUCUCUCCGACACUCACUGUCUUCACUGGGUCCCAAAAGCAAAUACUGAGACAACUGGUUCAACCUUUACCCAAUGUAACGAAUAUUUUUCUGCAGUGAUUUUAAUUAUGCUUAAGGUUACAAAUAAAAAAGUAAAUGCUUCAUUCUCA